CGCGUACUAUGGAGGUCAGUGAGUGCUCGGACAUCUUGAAAGUAGUUCAGGUUCUCCUUCCGUCAGUCUAGGUGUUCAAGAGUUACAAGGAUUGGUGGAAGGACAACGGGAAAAAAACUGGAGUGCACAAGCUUGCCACUGCUAUUGUGUGGAAGGAAGGAAUGUUACACGUGAUGCACAUUCAGACUGCAAUAGCAGACGCCAAAAGAUGGGAUUACCAAACUUGUUCGCUGCAAGCAGUUCUUUCCCUUGGCCGCGCCUGCGCAUAAGAAAGCGGAUGUGGAAUAUCUAGCGCGUCCCUUUGGUGUCUGUCGAAUUUUCGUUGAGUUUUUGGAAUGCAUUACAAACGCUGAUUUACUGAAAUGGAUGCUUUAAAUAGAGAAAAGGGACCUCCAACCCCGUUGCCUUUUAUAUGUCCAUGUUGCAAUUGCAACUUUUCCACGUCCGAUGAAAUGAUUGAACAUGUGAAGCAAUCGCCUAUCAAAAUUAAAACCUACUCAUGUAGCUUGUGUUUUCUGGAAUUUUUCACAACUGCUGAGCUUAAAGAACACAAGGAGCAUGAUCACAGCAUAUUUGUAUCCAAAUAUAAAUGUGAUGAGUGUGAUGCUGAAUACAAAACUCCUGUGCUCUUAGCUACACACAAGAAGAAGCAUGAUGAGAUUGCACAAAAGCUGGCUGCACAGGGUAUACAUAUCCCACGGCCAUCGGUCUCUAAAACCCCACAAGAAAUGCAAGAGACUUCUACAGGACACACAAAACCAUCAGCAGAAAAAAAUACUCCAGAGGUUAAAACUAAGCCAGAAGAUAGAGACAAAAAAGAAAAGGUUGAGGAAGCUGUACCUAUUCUUGAUGCUUUUAACAUACCACCAGUCUUAGAAGACACACAAAAAAAUGAAAAUGAGCUGGAAAUGUGUAGUGUUACACAAGUUAAAAAAAGAAGAGGAAGAAAGCCUAAGGUGAAAGCUGAACCCAGUAAAGAAAUGGAAUUAAAAGAUAUAACCCCAAAGACAAGAAAAAAGCAAUACAAGAAAAGAGGAAGGAAGAAAAAGUACCGAAAAGUCAUUGAUGACGAUGAUGAUGAUGAGGAGGAGUUGAUAGAGGAUACCAGCAUUGAAUUGACAUCUAAGGAGAAGGUGAUAGAAGAAGAUGAAGAGAAGGAAGAAACUGAUGAGCUUGAAGCCAUCACCAAAGAAAUAAGAUGCCCAGAGUGCUAUGUGGUAUUUAACUCCAUGAAUGGGUUAACAAGGCACCGCAAGAUACACUUUAAGCAGUGUGAUACACUCAAGUGUGUGCUUUGCCCAGAACAUUUCAAGAACAGUGACAGCAUGAACAAACAUAUGCAAAAGUGCCAUCCAAAGUCUAAAAGGCUGAGUACAGACAGUGACAGAAAGUUUCCAUGUUGGCAGCCAUUAUGUAAAGAGGUUUUCACAGGACAAAGCCUACUAAGCAAGCACCUUGCAAAAGUACAUGGUAUCAAGAAGAACUGCAACGUUGUGUGUCCAGAAUGCAGGAAGUCUUUUCCAAGCAAGUCCACUCUGACUGUACACAUGCGCAUGCACAGUGGAGAGAGACCAUAUAAGUGUGACCUUUGUCCCAAAUCUUUCAGGGUGUCAAGUAAUUUGGUGUGUCAUCGUCGGAUUCACACAAAGGAAAAGCCACAUACCUGUUGCUACUGUGGCAGAUCUUUCAACUUCCCCAACAGUCUCACACGACAUCUUCGAACACACACAGGGGAAAAGCCAUAUGUUUGUGAAGUGUGUGGGGACAGUUUUAUUGUUCACACAUAUCUGGCCAAGCAUGCCAUGCUGACAGGACAUGGGAAACUUGCUCUUGAUGAGCCAAAGUUUGCUUGUGAAAUUUGUGGCAAAGCUUUUAAGACCCUCACAGGAUAUAACAAUCACCAGGAGACGCACAAGGUUCUGAGGAACCCAGAUGGAACCCCUCAGUAUGUACCAAAGCAGAAAUUUAUCUGUGAGACUUGUGGCAGGGAAUUUGCAUCAAAUCUUACUUUGAAGAACCACAUGGUAACUCAUACUGAUGAUCGUCCCUUUAAGUGCCGAUACUGUGAUGCAACAUUUAGAUACAAUAAGUCAAGAUACUGUCAUGAAAAGUCCCAUGCUGGUAAGAAGGACUACAUGUGCACGACAUGUGGAAAAAGUUUCUAUCAGAAAGGUCAUCUGGAUAAACACAUGUACACUCACUUGGAAACUCGUGACUGGGUGUGUGGAUAUUGUGGCAAGUCAUACACUAACAAGCUAUCGCUUCGCCGACAUGAAAUUGGGCACACGAAGCGCAAGCCUUUCAAAUGCAACUUAUGUCCUGCGGACUUUAAGACUCCUACUCGCCUAAGUAUGCAUCUUAAUAACCAUCGGCGCAAAGCAGGACAGCUGAGCAACAGCCUAAAGAGUGGCACCACCAAACCCAGUCUAAUGAUGUAUGAAGGAAUGUACACCAUUAGUGGUGGUGAUGAUUCCUUUGUUUCAGAACACAGAGACACAGUGGAGUAUGGAGAGGAGCGAACCAUAUCUCUUGUGGCUCAGGAUUUGUCAGUACACUCUAAUCACUUAGCAACCCCCAUUCAUCGACCAUUAAUAUCUGACCAUGGUCCUGAAGGUAUGGUCAGAAACCGACAGGUGCUGGAGGAAGAGUUAUGCUUACAAAGAAAUCAACCAAAGUAUGUGUACUAAGAAUAAACAGUCUUUGAAUUAAAAAAGAAACAUGAUAAUAAUAACCCGGAAAAAUCUUUUUUUUCAAGUUGUAAUAUUUUUACCAACACCUGUGAGAUAAAUGUUUGUUGAUAGGCUGUGACUGUAUGGUGAUCAAAUAUUUUUUACAUUAUUUUACAUUAUUUUCGACUUUUUAUGCUGAUUUAAGAAAUGUGUUCAAUUCAUGUUGACUAAAUGGGCAUUUUGUUUCAAUAUAUAAUUCUGUACAUUCAGAAAUUUACUUUUGUUGCCAUUUCUCCACAAGUUUGGUAAAGAAACAAGGUGUAAUUUCUAGUACAAUUAUACAAUCAGAUGUUAAAUUGUUUUCAGUCCAAUAUUUGGGUUGAGCUAACUGGUGCUUUUAAAUAUUUUAUAUGUGUAUGCAUACUUUGAUCAUUUUACUCUGCAGCUGGUGUGAUUCCAGAACACUAGGAAAUAAUAUAUGACAAGUAGGUGUGCAGCCAUAUUUGUAGAUGAGUGUGGCAUUUAUUUUAUCCCUUGAUCUUUGGAUAGGUGGGAAUUAUUUAGUUUUUAAUAUUUGACUCAAUGUGGAUAUAUUAACAAAACUGUUAUUAUAGGUAUGGAAACAUUUUGCAUCUGCAGGUGCAAACUGUAUAGUAAGAGUAAAGGUGGUUAUGCACUUUAAAUGACACCAAGUAUACAUUAGGAAUGUGUAUUUAUUGUGGGUUAGUUCAUGUUUAAGCAAGUGGGAUCUGGGGGCUUUCUAUUACUGCAAUUUUGAAUGAAAAUAUUGUGCUCUAACUGAUGAAAAAUUUUAAUAUUGAAAACUAAAUUGUACAAAACAUAAGUAAUCAAAAAUAAAAUAAUUUGAUACAAAGGAUAGAUACUGUAAGUAUCAUAAGAAAUAAAAUUAUGUUCUAAUCUGAAUUUUUACAAAGUGUAUUUUGCUUAAAAUGUAAAUAUCAUUUGCAUCAUUUUUUAGUCUGAGAUGCUCACUUUAUAUGUGAAUAAAAUCUGACAGUAGAUGUAACUGUACAGCACUGAACUGCAAAGUAUUAAGGUUUCAUUUAAAAUGUGCCAUAAAUGUGAGAUUCAUAA